AGCACUUUAAGGAAUUUACAAACACUCAAACAGAAGUGUAAUAACAUUGAAAGGGGCAUAACUUAACAAGAACAUGCACAUAUAAAAAUAUAAGCAGUACCUUCGAAACAGUAAUAAUAAAUUUCUUUUGAGCAGACCUUGACUUUGAGGCAGUGGGCUAGCUCACUUACAUACAUAUAUCAAUCCUUACAUUAAUCUUGUGAAGUAAAUAAACACUCAAUUUUAGAUGAGACUCAUAAUUUGACCCAGGUUACACAGGUAGAAACUAAACCAGAAUUCAAAUUAAGGCAAUCUUAGUAUAAAGACACCACACUAUAUCCUGUGGAGGUACUGUUUAAUAUAUACUCUUACUGAAGCAACAUAAAAGAACUCUGAAAAGAAACAAACCAGUAUUUGUUGCUCAAAAGUUAAUGGAAAUAAUGAUUACUUGACAACUUCUGGUUAUGCACUAAAAUCCAGAACUCUCCCUAUAAACAAUAACCAAAUCUCCCUGUUAGAAUACUCAUCUUUGUGUGUGUGUGUGUGUGUGUGUUUGCGCGCACGCACGCAAGCCCAUGUGUGGGUGGUAGGAAUCAAACUCACGACCUCAAGCUAUCCAGGCAGGCGCUAUGCUGCUGGGUUAUAUCCCUGGCAACAAAUCUCCCUGUGUUAAACAAUGUUUACAUUCCACCACUCAGAAAUAAUUCUCAUUAUUACUAGUUAUAUAAUCAUUCCAGAUAUCUAAUGCACUCAUACAAACAGUAUGCACAGACAUCCUUUUGAAAAAUGUGAUGAAAUAUGCUAUUUCUAAUAAGAAGAUAAUUCAACAGAAAAAGUAAAAGAAGUGCUGAUUUCUGUGGAAAAUAUAUUCACAAAAAGCAAUUUUCAGUUCCUAAAAAAUUAAGAUAAAGAAAAUUAUUAUAUGCACAUUAAGGGAUAUGGUGGACUGGUCUACUAUCAUGAAAGAUAUGGAUCUUAGUAUUCUUAUAUCAAUUCACACUUGAUUUAUAUAACAAAUGUUAUUUGUUUAUUGUCAAGACUUAUAACAUUUAUAUAGUGUGUUCCAUAAUCAUAAUUCUGAUUUUACUUAUUAGUUAUAUAUUAAAGUCAGCCAUCAACUCCAAUACUUUCAUGAUAUGACUUCAACAUUCCUGAGUUCUGUACCCACACACUUUCCUUGGAAUAUUAAGUCAAAUAUUUUAAAUUAAUGGAACUAGAAGAUCUAACGAUGAAUACAUGGAAUCUAAAGUAUAUCCUUAACACAAUGCUUUAGAAUUUUGACAUAACAAUAAAAAAUUAUGAUCACAAUAGUCUAGAAUUCUGGCAUAAUAAUAAGAGAUAAACAGCAUUUACAGAAAAAAUUAGUCAAAUUCAGCCCGGCAAAUGGACUCAGCCUCCAUUUAAAUCCAUCAAUAAUCUAAUGUCAAAAAUAAGUUCAGUUACAUCAAAGACACAAAAACAAUUGCUGCUGUGACUAUCAAAGGAUAUACACUGAAAGCUCAGCAAACUGAUGGUGAAUGAGAAGAGAAAAACAAACUGUAAGGAGAGAAGCCCUCAGAUCUUUGCUGUGUCUUCGGUGUCCUGGACCCAGCGUAUCUUUCCUGGGGAAACACACUCGCGAGGACCUACUACUGUACUAUGCUACAGUCUACAGACACAAGCAUGAUUGAAGACCCUAUGACUUUAGAGUGCGGAAUCAAUAGUUCCUGAGGUUGAUAUUGUCAUUCUCACUCCAGAGAUUUAGUAAAUUGCAACUCUGAGAAAUGCACUCAAGUUAAAAGGCUGCUAAGUUUUAGAGGAGCGGGACUUUUUUAACUGCGUCUGACUUAACGAUCUAUGUUCAUAAAAUAUCUGAUCAAUUGAGCAUCAUUUAGCAUGCCUAUUGAAAAUACACUCUCAGGCCCCUCUUCUUGGUCAGUGUUUCAGCAGAGCUGAAUGGAGCAGAAGGAGUCUGUAUAUAACUCAGAUUCUUACAAGUGGGUUAAAUUUGGAAAAGAACUACACACACUUCGUUGCAAAAAACUUCAAGCAAGUUCCUAAGACCAACAAAGUGCCGAUGUGCCUCUUCCAGUUUUCUGCCAAUCCUCAGCGAUCCAAACUGCCAGGGCAGAACGCAAUUCUCCGGCAUCGUGACCCGACAGCACUCGAGGACCAACACCGCCAAGUCUUCCCGGCAGGUGCUGAUUCACCGAGUACCUGCACCGGCGGGGGAAACCGGCAGCUGAACGCAAACCUCCGAACUUCUGAGAUGCACGCGAACUCCCGCAGCACUUCAGUUACUCAGCGCGCGCUGCAGAGGCCGAAAGCAGAACCCAGACUCAGGUUCUCUCUACGGCACGCUGCUCCGGACCGGAGUGCCCGGGGCGCGGCGGCGGCAGGCGGCCCAGAGGCUCCGCCGCCCUCCGCACCGCCAGCGAGGGGCAGCAGAGCGGCCCGGAGGGCGGCGGGGGGCAGCGGCCCGGUCCGAACGCGGCCGGGAGGGAGCGCCGCCGCCCGGAGCUCGGGGACCACCGGCCGGACCCCGCCUUCCGCUGUCGGCACAAAACCCUGGCAAGGGCAACCGCUAGGCAGCGGUCCGCCAGAGGCCUCAUGUUCAGCCGGUCGCCUAAACUCACCAGCGGACCCACCGACCUCGGAAGCGGGAACAGCGAGGAUCACCGACACCUGCAACAAACAAGCGACCCCAACAGGAGCGCGAAGCCUGAGGACCCGGAUGCAGAUACUCGCAGGAAGGGACCGCGGCGCAGACGCUGCGCGUGCGCGCUGCCUCCAGCGCCUCUGGGAAGACUGGUGA